AGGCGCGACGAGCGCACAUUCGAGAGAAACCUGGCGCCCUGGUGGCGGUCUUUGGGGCGGCCAUAUUUUCUCUCGUGAAUUUCAGUCACGAAGGUGGUGGUUCGUUAAUAAUUUUUGGGAUGCGCCGUUUGAAGACGUUCUCGCGUGUUUUAUACUCUUAAAUAAGUGAACAGUGCCAAUCAUGGCUAAGAGGAGUAACAAUUUGACUGGAAGACGAUCAUCGUCGCAUAAUACGAAACCCUACGACGCAAACAAUUCUUUUGUAAAAAAGGUGGCAACAAAGGUAACUGAUCUUAUACCGCAAAAAUCAUGGAUCAGUAAAUGGUUUAACUCGUCUCAAAGCGAUGGAGAUGUAUUAAAUAAUUCUGAGAACCCUGAAGAGGUUGAGUCAGAAGAAGAUAUCCAGAAGCCUCCGCCUUUGAAGCGACCGUGUAUUCGCAUGGAUGUUACUCACCCACCUGGUACCUUUUCCAUUCAACCAAGGACUAAAUCUACGGUUAAUAAAGCCAGCCCAUCUAAAUGUUCGAUAAACGAUGAAAUGUCCGAAGACUUCUGUAAACCUGCAAUGGCUGGACCAAGCGGGAUGAGUCAUCUGGUAUCUUCUACACCUGCAACACAUACGGAUAUUAGAAGUAUAGCUCCGCAGAGGUCUCAGUUGAAUUCGCUAGUUACUACUACAAAUAAUGGGAUUACAAGCGGUAUGGAUGACAAUUCUGAAUCCAGUGAGAGUACCAGCGGUUGUAGCUCUCUUAUUCCACAAACAAAUAGACAAGAGGCUCCAUCAAAUGUCUCUUACAACUCCCCGUUUAACACUAGAAAAAGAUUUCACGAUGAGAAAUUAAGUUUCACUAACCGUAUGCAGUCUCCGAGGUCUUUAUUUUUAGAUAACAGUUCUCGAGAUUCUUUAAGUAGUCGUAGACCAAGUUUUAAUGCAUCAAUCGUGACAAAUUCGUCGGACCAUUCGUCUCCCUUGUCGUCUCCUUUUUACAGUGGAAAUACCACUUUCGGUGGGGCAAAUGCAGCCGGUCUUUAUAAACGAGGCCGCUCUUUGUUUAAUAAUUCAAGUGAAAUUCAACUUAAAGUUCCUAAAAGAACAAGCGUUGAAGUGAAACCAUCUAACGCAACAGGGGUUGAUUCGUCUGGUAUGAGUCAAACUGCUAAAAAGAUAUUGGAAACACUAGAACACUUUUCGUCGCCGAUAACUGACGCUAAAAAGAUUCCAUUGAAAAUCAAUAAUACCUCGUUAAUAAAUAAAAAGAGGACAAGAGAAGAGAUUAGUACAUCAUCAUCAACUAGAGUUGGAUUGCGUCAUCUAACUCGUGAAUUAACUGUACCAACUGUGCCAGAUAUAUUAAAAUUAAGGCAGCGUAAAAAAUUACAAGAUACUACAGCUGCAGCUAGAAAAAUUAUUUCCGCUCGAAGCGAACCGCCGCCCCUUCAAGAAUAUCAUCUCAGAACUACAGCUGAUAAUGAAUCGAAGCAUCAUGGUAAACUGAAGGGUAAAGCAUCAAAUCUUGAUCAGGAAGAAACAGUUCAGCCAGUCAAUUUACCAAACAUACCUUUGCCAAUAUCUUCUUUACCAAGUUUCAACUUUAUACCGCCUACUAAUACAAAGAUAAUUCAUAAAACGAAUACAAGUAAAGAAGAAACUUUCACAUUUGCAAGUCCUAUAAAAGUAACAAACGUAACAAAAAAUUUGAAAUCUAUCAAUAACUUUACAUUUAGCAGCCCUAUCAGUGCUGAUAAACAAUCAGUUGAUAAAUCCAACGAUUCGACUAUGAUAAAAGGUGAUGUUAAAUCUAGUACAGUUCUUGGUGAGUUGGCAUCUAGUGUAACACAGAAUUUUAUAUGGUCAGGUUCGUCUACAGCUCCUAGACCAAAAGAGAAAGUGAAAAAUAGCGGCGGCACUGUUCCUAUUGUUUCGAAUGAACUAAAAUCUGGGAGCGUUAUGGGUAUCUUCGGUUCUAAGCCUAAUAAAUCUGAAUUUGAGAAAUCAAAUGAAACAAAGACAUCGUUAGAUUCAAAGAAAAAUUCAAUCGCUAAUGAAACAAAUGUUGCAAGUAAAGAUGAUACAAAAAUUACAAAUUCAAACUCUGAUGCACAACAAGAAACUUCAACUUUGUGGGAAUGUUCCGAGUGUUUAUUUAAAAAUAACAGUACAGAAGUACACUGUUUUGCUUGUAAGGCUAAUAAAUUGAAUGUUAAAAAGAAAACCGUUGAAUCAACAACAUCAAAUAUCAGUGAGACAAAAACUACAACGAACGAUCAUUUUGGAGCUGAGUUUAAACUUUCAAGUAAUCAGUGGGAAUGCACAUCGUGUUUUGUACGAAACAAAGAAAUUGAUACUAAAUGCGUUGCAUGUGGUACAAGUAAACCAGGAACAAAACAGGAAGCUAAUGCAACAAAAUUAGUAAAAUCUGACCAUAAUGAUGUAAAGUCCUUGGAAAAAUCUUGGGAAUGUUCGAAAUGUAAAUUUAAAAAUUCUGAAAAUUUAAUUAAAUGUUCCUCUUGCAAUAUACAAAAAGAUGCAAAUAUUACUAAUAAUACGGGUACAGUUGCAAACAAAAAUGCUGGUACGGAAUUGUUUGGUAAUUCAAGUCUGACCAAAAAUGAUACUACGAGCAGCUUUAAGCCAAACAAAGAUACCUGGGAAUGUCCUUGUUGCAUGGUUAGAAAUGCUACGUCUGUUGAUUCUUGUCCGUGUUGCAAUACAAGUAAGCCUUGCACUGGAAUUCCAGCCAAAACUGUUCCACUAUUACUUGUAAACGGAUUUGGAGAUAAAUUUAAAAAGCCUGAAGGUGCAUGGAACUGUGAUACUUGUAUGUUACAGAACGAGGCAAAAGUUACAGAAUGCGUAGCUUGUGGUGGAUCGAAACCGGGUAUAAAGAAAUUUGAUAAUUCACAACCGAAUACUACUUGCAGUUUACUGUUUAAUUUUAGUAUGCCUUCAAAUGCUGGUGGUUUUAAAUUUGGUAUAGAUAAAGCUGAUCAAGAAAAGACUGACCAUGUUGCGCCUACUAAUGGUUUUAAAUUUGGUGGUAACCAACAGAAUAAUCAAGUUGGUCAAUUUACAUUUGGCAUUCAAAAGGAAGAGAAGAAAAUUACUAAUGAAACAUUGAAAAUUGAAAACAGUGCCUCGUCGACUUCGGGAAGCGGAUUUGGAUUUCAAAUUAAUACAAGUAAUAAUGACAAGACUGAUGCAAAACAGAAUUCAGAAGAAGCUGAAAAAAGGCCAGCACCAUCGUUUUCGUUUGAUGUUGGAAAAAGUGAAAGUGGAUCAACAGCGAGUGAUAAACAAUCAUUGAAUGUUCCAACUUCUACAACACUUCCAUCGACGUUUACAUUUGGUGUAGCCAAACCUAAAAUUAAAAAAGAAUCAGAUUCAAAAGAUGAGAAACAGAGUGCUUUAGGUGAAAAUACCGUCGUAACAGAGGUUUCGAAAUCAAACAUAGAAACUACACAAUCCCCUGUUGUUAUUAGCACCACCGCAUUACCUUCGUUAAGUCAAACUAGUGCAAAAGAAGUUAAACCAACCAAUUCUUUUUCAUUUGGAGUACCAAGUAGCACAGUUACAGUUAAUAGCAGUUCCUCUACAAAUGUAGUAUCAAGUCUUCCAUCUUCUACUCAAUCAUCUUUUACGUUUCUUGAAACAAAACCAACUGUGCAAACAACAUCAGCACCAACCUUUGGUCAAAUAUCAACACCAGCUUCGACUUUACCUAGUACAUUUGCAUUUGGAGAAAAUAAAACAACAGAGAGUUCGUCAGUAGCAAAAACUUUUAAUGCAUUGACACCUGUUACUUCUGGAAAUUCAUUGUUCUCAAGUAUUUCCAGUGCUCCAUCAUUGUUUAGUACUAACGGUACAAAGAACGUAUCAACGUUUGGUACAGAAGAGAAUAAGCAAUCUGCAUUUGGUAUGGGUACAAAUAAACUAUCUACCUUUGCUGUACCAGAAAAUAAAGUACCAACGUUUGGUAGUACUGAAAAUAAACCUUCAAUUUUUGGAUCAACCGAUACAAAAAUGCCUGUGUUUGGAAGUACAGAUAAAACGGCUUCUCCGUUUAAUCCAACACCUCAAGCGUCAACUGGAACACCUUUUGGUGUGCAAUCAGGAACACCAAAUCUUUUUGGAUCAUCUGUUACUCCUGUUUUCAGUAACCAAACACCUUCAACGUUUACUACCGAAUCUACACCCAAUAUAUUUGGAUCUUCCUCGAAGCCGGGUCAAAGUAAUUCGUCAACUUCAAAUUUAUUUACAUUUGGUGGUACUGCUAAUCAACCAGUAGCCCAACAAGGAACUGGAUUCAAUUUCUCUACGAAUACUAAUCCUGCUGAAUCGACUCAGAAACCGUUAUUUACAUUUGGUAGUACUGCAACUGUCCCACAAAGUGGCGGUAAUUUAUUUGGAAAUACAUUCAAUAAUGCUGCAUCAACAAGUAGUUCGGGAUUUACAUUCAAUGCACCUAAACCGGAAACGCCAGCAUUUGGCCAACCUACCACUGCAACUCCAAUUUUUGGCACACCACAGGCUGCUGCUCAAAAUCAACCAUCGUCAUCAUUUGCAUCUACCGCUGCAAACACUGGAUUCAAUUUUGGAUCUACAGCAGCCCCUGCUUCUUCAGGAGGUUUCAACUUCGGUGGAAUGGCACCUGCUUCUGCACCAUCUACAGGAUUUAAUUUUAAUCCUCCUAAUAACACACCAACGUUUGAUCCCAAUACCCCACCAUCAUAUAACUUUACUGGCGGAAAUGCGCCUGCAACAUUCAGUGGUACACCUACUGUGACGCAACGGAAAAUCAAGAAGGCUUUUAGAAGAAUGCGGUAGAGGAAAAAGUAACGUAUCAUCCUAGUUGCACAUUUCCCGGAUGUAUUUUUAGUUUUGUUUUAUGAAGCCGUGUAUGUGAAUAUGUCUUUUAUGCUAAAAGUUACAGUAUGAUAAACAGUGAAGAUAUCAUAUACCGAUCGAUCACAUUAACGUGGUGGUAUACCAAGCAUUUUAUGUAAUAUACUAAUUUGCCAAUGGGGUAUGCUUGCGUACAACCACUUGUGUUCUACUGGAUCUGUAAAUUAUAAAUUAUUUAAAUUAUAUAAUAAUAACGAAUGACACAUUAAUAUUGGCAUGAAGCCACUUUUGCAAAUAAGACAGAUCAUAAUGCCAUUUGCAUUACUAAUACCUUAUGCCCAAACAAGACAUUAUAUACGUUUACUGAUAUGACAAGUUCAUUUCAUGAAAUGAGAGUACCUCGAUGAAAAAGAAGCACUUAAUGAAGCACUAUAAAAGUGCAAAUUAUUGAGGAUGACAAGUGGGAAUAUAUCCCUCAGGUAAGUAUAAGUCAUUCAUAACUCGUGACGAUGUCUUUGUAAUUGAAGAAAAGAUGUACUAUCAAGAUACAAGGAUUACAAGUUAUUAUUUUUUUUGUAAAAAACAAAAUGCCACAGGAAAUUGAAAUAAUAUUACAUUGUGGACCGUAUAUAAACUUUGUUAUUGUUACCUGGCUAGUUAUUUUUAAUAAGUUUAGAAUACACGAUUUUACAGAGCGAGGUACAGAAAUUUGAUGGAGCUUAAUGUGAAGUGAAUGACGAUAUAGUUGAUAAAAUUGUUUUAUUCAUUUUUUCUAUAAACUUCGCCACGAGUAUUGUGAAUUGACUGAAUAUCAGUGAAAUCCCACUGCGUAUAGACAUUAAUUAUAUUUUAAUUAGCAUUUUAUGGACCGUUCUACAAUCUUUGUAGUACUAGUCCAAAGAAAAUGUAUCAUAAAAAAAAAAAAAAAUGGCAUUCGGAUAGUACAAACUCACGAUUACUGAACAAUUGCAUCGAGUAGUCGAAAUUGUAUAUUUUUUUUAUAUAUUGAAUGAAACUAAUCCUAUAAUACUGAAUGCCAUUUUAAUAGAAUUAAAUUAUAGUAAUGUUGCGUGUUUUACUUUAGUAUGAAUGAAAAACGAAUCAAGGAAUACCUUGAGUGAAUAUAAAUUAUUACGGGACUUCUAAAGAGUUACCUUUUUCUUUUCAUUUGUUACUAAAUCAAACGUACUUUUAUAUGCAAUAUCUGUUAUCAGCUGUGUACAUUGUUAUUACUUCUGCAAUAUAAAUUAUAAAAACGUAUCACUCUGUAUUAUAAAAAAAAGAAAAAACUCCAAGUAUGAACUUUUCAAACAAAUAAUUUGUAUAUCAAAUUCUUUUCUUUUCAAGAAUUACAGUUAUUAUUUUUUUAAAAUAUUUUUAUAUUUUAUUAUUGACGGAAUUAUAAAUUUUUUACAAUGUGUGCAAUUUUACCUAGAGUGAUAUUAGUUUCAAUAUUUGUAGGUAUAGUAAAACUGUUUUCGAGACACUAAGGACCUGUAAAACAGAAUAUUCUUUUUAGAAGUCCCUAAUUGCAGAAAGUAGUUAGUUGACGUGUUAAUGAUUAAUGAAUUAAUAUGAAAUCGUGCACGUCCUAUUUAAGACUAGGAUAGUUAUAUCUAUAAUGUUGGCUUAAAAUUGACAGUAGCCAAGAAUAACUCGGCACAAGACCCACCUUCUGCCAUAAUAGAUACAUAGGUACAAAACAACUGUUACAUAUUGUUACUUUGUAUGUUGUAUAAUAUUUACAUUUGUAGUUUUUAAGACAUUUUUAGUUUUGCUGCGUACAUAUUAAGAAAACAAGGAUAACGAAAGAUAAUACCUUGAUUUCAUUGUGGAUAAUUUACAAAUUACAUAUUUUACAAAUACCCUUCGUAGCUGUUACUUAUCUGCUAUGCUACAAUAAUAUUGCUAGGUAUGUAAACAAAUGUAUCAACAUAGUUAAAUUGAUUUUUGUUUUUAUAUCAUUAAAAUUAUAUCUAUCAAUAAAAAUCAUAAGAAGCAGUUCGAUGACAGAAAUUAAUGAGUUCAGACUUACAGUACCUUUUAAUAUAUUUGUUGUGUAAAGGAAACAAAAAGAGAGCUCUUGUCUACGAAGGGUUCUUCCGUAUAUAGUUGUAUUGUGUAAUUUAAGAAAUGAUAGAUUUGUAUAAUAAUUACCAGCAGAAGCACUAACCAAUGAUAAAGUGAGGCUGCGCUGAGAUAUGUCUAUGCUGCUGUCUUGCACUGUGAACAUUCUCUGUCGAGGCUGUGUCGUCCAUUUGUCUAUCCCCUAGACAAAUUUCCAAAUUAAUAAAUAUAUCAAAUGCUGACCUAAAGGGGCAGUACCUUUGUAUUAAAUCUCGUAUAUGGCCUUAAAAUCACAUAACGAGCGUAUGAUAUAGAUGUAUUAACGAUUGUAAAACAAAUCAUAUUGGAAUUGUUUUGUAGCAGUUUGUACUCUCCAUUGCAAUAUGUUUGCAUAAACACUUGAAGAGCACUACAUUGAAAUCGUUCAACAAUAGACCUGUAACAUUUCAUAACUUGUAAAAUAUUUACUCUUUUAUAAGUGACAUUUGUUGUAACAAGCGUUAAAUACCCAUUUAAAUAUUCAUUUUUAUUACAACUUGACCAUACAUGUAUUUCAAUUAAAUUAUUCCAAAAAUGAGAAAAUAGCAAUCAACACAGGAAAAAUAGUUUAUUGAUAAAAAUGACAAUUAUUAAUGGUUCUUUAAUUGCUAUAUUUUUUUUAUUUGACUAGAAGAAACAAAGGAAAAUUCUGAAUACCCUAACUUCAUACUAAUAAUAUAAUCUAGAAAAUUUUUUAAUUUUAAUGUACAAUACUUCUACAAGUUAUGAAAUGUAAAAUAAAAUGAGUCAGAUGUUCAGAGGCCUUAUUAUAAUCUUAGUCCAUGAAAAUUAUGCAUUGUACUGAAUUUACACGAAUAUCUGUAAUGAUUAUAUUGAGGAUAUAUUAAUCAAUGAUCUAACGUUCAAAAAAGAGAGAGAGUUUGUUAUAAAAUAAGUCCAAUGACUGACUGUAAUUAAAUACAAUGUACAUGGGAGAAUGUUCACUGUAUGCUUCAGGUGCUAUGGGGAUGUUAUAACAUUCUCAUGACAUGGUAUAAUGUUAGAUAAUAUUGUAAAAAAUUAUCGGUGUUUCUCAAUCGAUAAAAUCACUUCUAAUUCGGUAAUCAUUAAUCGCACAAAUGAAGUAUGAAAAAUGCAAACAAUUCACUCUUUUUUUUUUCAAAUGAACUCAGGAAAAAAUUUUUAAUUAUGAGUGUUUUAUUUUACACUAAGCAUAGUAACACAUAGUUUAUUGAAACAUACAUACAUACAUACAUAGUAAUAAAAAAGAGAUUAUAAUAAAAAUACCCGUGUAUAUUACAUAUAACAGAAAUAACAUCUAUUUGCAAAACAAGUGUAUAAAUAUGUAAUUAUAAUUAAUAAAACCUCGAUAGCCUCAUAUCGUAUAAUUUAUUGUAUUAAAUGUGACAUGUUGCUUUAAUGCAUAACAUUUGUGAUUAUGACGAAGGCUAUUGAGAACUCGCGUUGAGAAACACCGUGAACAGGAUACAUUCACGUUAACAUUAUUACCAAUAUUAUUCUUAAAUGCUAUCCUCCGCUGUACUCAUAAUAAUUAUAUUAUACAAUAUUAAGAUACAUGAAAAAUAUCAAUCGAAAAAAAAAACAAUGUUUAAUUUGGAUUUACAAUUUUUAUUUUGUAGCUAGUAAAAAUAACGAUUUUAGAAGGGCAUUUAGAUAUUAAUGCGAAUCAAGAAGUUUAAUUAUAUAUCAUACCAACUAAUCACACUUACAGCUUAAUUCUUUUUUAGUAAAUGAUUUUAAAAAAAGGUAUGAGAAGAAAUAUGUGCACAGGUACUUUGUAAAAAGCUUCUUGAUUCGCAUUAAAAAAAAAAAGUAAUUUGAAAAGAAACGUUUAGAAUUCAGUCGCAGUCUCGAAUUCUUUGAUGAAAUGUAUCUGUUUCGUGAUUAGAUUUCAUGUUGCUUUUUAUUUCUGUAAGUAUUAAGCUCACUCCUUAACAGUUCCUUAAAGAAAUAUACAAAGUAAGAAAUCCAUAUUAUAACUUACUGUAGUAUUCGUGGUUUUAUCAUCCUGAACAAUAUAUAUAUAUAUAUAUACUCGUUCUAUGUGUUUUUCAGUGAAAAUAUUUUAUUUUAAGCACAGUAAAGUAACUAAUUUUUUUCAUAAUGUUUUGAACGAAAAUAGAGUGGGCAAAAUAUAAGUGAUGGAAAAUUGAAAUUUUAUUCCACAUAAAAUAGCUUAGUGAUUAUUGUUUAAAAAUUCUAAUUCUAUGUAUAUAAAUAUAUAUAUAUUAAUUCAAAGUUCUAAGGAUCACAUCGUCUACUACAUAUUCAGUUUUUGCUUACAAGAGCUAAUACAAUGAUAUAACGUAAUUCAUUUUUUCUUAUGUUGUACAACUGUAUGAGGAGCUAUGCAGAAAAUAAAAAUUAUUUACGAUUAAGAUA